AAGAAAGGGUGUUGUGGGAGAGGGAACCAGCAACGCGCGAAACGCAAUGCGCAGUUUUAAAUUUGAAAGUCACAGAAAAAAGCACAUAAAUGCAAAAUAACAUGGAAUUUAACAGUCUGAGUGCAUUGGUAUCAACCAUGAAUCGGUAUUAUGAUAUCACGAAUUUAGAUAGUGUUUCAGUAACACUGAUAUUUAUAUCAGUUAUCACAGUGCUCUGUAUGGUGUACAAAUUAUGUGUGCUUCUCAGGAAGAAAUGGCCUGUAGAUGAAGACCUAAUUUCUACAUUCGACCAAAAUGUUUCUGCAGGUUGCUGUAGAGAGAGAAUAAAAGGGUAUAGAGAGAAAGUGCCUGGAGAUUCACUUGGAUAUGCUAACAUAAUUGAUGAAAUUCACUUUGCUGCAUCUAGACUGUGUCAGAAAUUUUAUGAAGAAAACUGCAUUGCACUGCUGAAUAAGUAUCCAGAAGCUGUCAAUUGUCCAAAGCCUCCAUCAAUGUACACUCCAUUUCUGAGAGCAUGUUGGUGUGGAAAUCCUAGGCCUAUUGAAUACAUGCUCAGAAAUGGUGCUGAUGUUACGAUGCGUACAAAGAAAGGGGAUACACCAAUGUUCCUGGCAAUUUACAGAGUGACCAAGAAGCCACAUGCCUUUGAUCCAGAAUGUAUCGAUAUCCUAUACAAUGCAGGUUGCAAUAUCAAUAUACCAAAGUCUCAUGGCUACACUCCUCUUCACUUGGCAGCCAAGGCUGGCAAUGUGGAUCUUGUUCGCUGGCUUCUUGUACAUGGUGCUGAUCCAGACAGUGUCACAAAGUGUAACAAGAAAGCAGUGGAUUUUGCCUAUAAACGUGGUCACAAGAAAGUUGUUUCAUUGCUGACAGUCUGCACUGCAGAUGAAGCUUGUCAAAAAAGAAGUACUUCAGGAUCUUACAAAAAAUUACAGCACAUUAUGUUAGACAAAUGCUAAAAACGAAUUACUAUUUCAGACAUGAAAUCAGAGCAUAGUAUUAUAAUUCAACUGAGAGAUAACCAUCCAAAUACAACAUUCAUUAAUCUAUAAUUUCAUUCAGCAUGACAGGUUUUGAUCCUAUGAACAUUAUCCAGGGUGCAUGUUACACAAUUACACAAAGUAUUUUAGGUUUUACAUCAUAAAAAGAAAUCAGUUUUAAAAGCAGUUAUGCUAAAAAGUGUCAUAAGAUAUUUUUUUUAAAGGACAUAUCUGGCUUUAAAAUAACCUUUCAUUAUUAAACUUUUAGUGUGGAGGUAUGAUUCAAUAUUUCAUACAAUGGUUUUUGGAACUCACUAAAAUCAGCUUUAUUUUUAUAAUGUAAAAUUCAUAACAGCUUAUGUAGGUGUGUAAGAUGCACCUUUUACAAUGCUUAAAGGAUCAAAAGGACUGAGGUAAACUUAUUUAAGGUAGGGAGGAAUCAAUAUCCUUCUUGAACAUAAUGUCAUAUAAAGAUUCAUCACAAUCACCAUCACCAGCAAUAACAUAGAUUAAACUAUUAAGAUUGUUCCAAUUUCAAAACUAAUAAAACUAUUCUUCUUUAAGGAUGUCCUCCAAAUACCUCAAUUUACGUAUUCUGGAGUCAAACAUGUACAGUUCCAUUAAUUUACAUAUUAAUUUAUAGAUAGUUUAAACUUACAUAUAUUGCAAUUCUGCUCCUAUUCUGAAGUGUUGUUCUUGUUCCUUCUGUAACACAAAAAUUCUUAAAAUUUAAUUCCGUGACAUGGACUUCAUUUGUCUUGUUUUGUUGGGGCUCAAAUUCUGCUAUUGUAAGUUCACACUGAGACCCUAUUUGUUUGUAUAAUCUAACUUCACUUAUGCUAGAUUUGAAUUAAUUUAUGUUGUAUCUUUCACAACAUUCUUGUAAAACACGAACUGUGAAUACUUCUGCCUUGUAAUGUUAAUGAUACAAAUAACUAACUGUCACCUAUUCCAGGCAAAUUCUAUAGUGGGCUUUGAAUGCAGUUCUUCAUCCAGGAAAAAUGUCUGAAACUAGAAUUCACUUCAAACAAAACACCCAUCAGAAAUAUGGUAUUACUCGUAUAUUAUGUUUCAAACACCUCAGUAAUUAAUGUUUAUAAUUCUGCCAUCAAUCACCACAGCAUUUUAUUCUUAAAAUUUGUUUACAAGAUAUUUCACUUAAGUACAUAGCAUUUGAAUCACAAACCAUUUAGAGAUUAAGUUACUAAAUGUACUUCCUACAAGUUCCUACAAAUAUUCUUCUAUAUUUCAUGUACCAGGCACAAGGAAAAAUGCAUACAUUUUUGUGCAACAAUGUUUUUUUGAUACUGAGCAAGUUUCAGAACAAAUACUGGGUCUUUUAUAAGUUGGAAGAUUAACAUCACAGGAAAUGAACUAAAAAUUCACCCACCUUUGCUAUUUUGGAAUGUUCUAAAUAAUUUAACUAUAUUUUGGUUCCUGUUUCUUUAUAACAGAACUAUCAAAAUACUUACUAAACAUGUCCACAUUAAUGUUAAAAGGAACAUGAGUACAGAUAUUCCUCACUUUAAGUAGAGUGAAAUUAAGAAAUUUCAUUCAUACAAACUUUUAUUUUAUAAUGAAGUGCAUACCCUCAGUUUGGCUUGUCAUUCAAACAUGAAUUCACUCAUCCAAAAUUGCUUUUGAACAAAACAAAAUGUGAACAGAAAGAAACAAAACACUGCCCACUUAGUCUGCUCACACUCUCCUCUGGUAUGCAUCUUGUAUAAGAUUUUGCUAUGUAGUUUAUAUCAUAAUGCUACUGUUUGCAAAAUCAGUAUGUAUUUCUGUUAAAAAAUCUCUUAUCAGUAUUUCUUCCUAGCAUAAUUUCUUUCUGAUGCUUAUAUGUUUCAUUUCAGUCAAUAAAACUGAUUACUUCUAUUUCUCUUUUGUUUUAGGAAUGUAACCCCCGAUUAUAACAUUGCACUUCUAAGAAAUAGUGAUUCACAUUAAAACAUUCUGCUUUACAAACUCUUUUCAGGUGUAUAAAUAUUCAUAUGAGAAGGGAAUUCCUGUAAUGGAGCUUAAUUUUAACUGCAACAAUACAAUGAUCAUACAUGUAUAUAAUCAGAGAACAUACUGUAGAUGUUUAACAAUAAUAUACAAAUUUGUUUUAUUAGACAUGUUCAACAGAAUUCAAGCUGGCUAAGAGCAGUUGGGGUAAAACAAGAAAUGUGCAAAAUUGUUUGUGUAAUGAAUAAUAAAUUGAAUUAUUUCUUUGCAAGACUUGUAACAAAUCAAUGCCAUUUCCUGUGUAGAUAACUAAAAACCAACAGCACAUCUUUCUCAAAUUAAUAUUAUCCUUUGGCACAAGUGAUAAAAUUUUGUGCCAAUUGAUUCAUAUGAUGAUCUGGUUCACGAAAAAUACUGAACAUGAUUAUUAUGACUUGUUGAUUCAUUAUUAUACAUAAAAUGUGCAAUAACAUUGUCAACUAGCCAUCUAAAAACUACACACAAGAUUACUUUAAUUACCAUCAUAAUUUCCACAGCCAAAACACUAAGUUAUUUAUUGCCAUUGGAAUCAUAGGAAGCUGCUUACAUACAACAUAUGAACAUUUUAAUGUUUGGACAUAA